ACCAAAGUCACCAUCCUCCACACCGAAGUCCAGGGGGAGAUGAGAACAGCGCAGUAAGACGUGUGAGAGGAAGAACUGAAAUCAUUGAAUGAGAUACUAGAGAAUCUUAUCCAUCAUGACUGCCAUCCGGCUACGAGAAUUUAUUGACCGCCGCCCAGCAAUCCCACCCAGUAUAUUCAUUGUUCAUCAAGGCAAAGAUCUCCGUGGUUAUUACAGUGGGCAGCUGGCAAGACUCCAUUAUGAUGAUAGUGUGAAGAGAUCUCCCAGACCUCUCAUAGACUUGGAAAUUCCAUCUAAGAAGAAAAGUCAGUAUCAGCCUCAAUUAGACCAACAAACUCUCAUUCAUUAUAUCAAUUUUCGAAGAUGUUCAAAGCCUGCCGAACCAUGGUAUAAAGAAACCUCUUACCAAAGAGACUACUCUUUGCCAUUUUACAAGAUGGAUUGGGCCCGGAAAUUAGGCACAGUUUCAUCGAAUCCUAGACCACUCAAUUCACUGCCAGAGCACUACUGUUGUGAAGGGAGGUGGCUUUGA